UACUCAAGGGAAACCAGUGUAUGGUGUUAAAUAAGAUAUGAAGUUAAAAACGGAAAUGUAACAAAAUAAAUAAAUAUUUGACGGCGACGCGAUCUCAGCGAUCUCAGCGUUUUUCAAAAUAUCCAAAUAGCUGAUUUCAGCGUAGUAAGUUUUUUCCACAAUACGCCACAAAAAAAAAACUAAAGGGGUGGGGAGUUUUUCAAAAAGGGCGUGGAUAACAACCUAGAAGCAAAGGAGUCGGAGAAACGGUGGUUGCCGGGAGAGGGCUAGAGAGAGAACCGAGAAGAGAGGAGCACACAACCGUCAAGCAAAGCGAGCCUGUCUGUGGAGUCAUUGAAAUAAAUAAUUAUAGCAAAGAUUGCAGCUAAAGACAUGAGAGUGGAAUAAUAUUCUGUUGACAUUACAGACCUGGACUGUGGUAAAAUGAUCUUACUUGAGGAAAAUUAAUUAAAUGCCUUUAUUUAGAAUAUGACGAAUCCACGAAAACGAUGCAUGUCAUAUUCUUAAAGAUUGUCUCACUUACAACAGGGAUUCGCAUGCUACUGUUCAGAAUGUCAGACCUGACAGUCUGAUGACCCAGAUAGGUACUGGCAUGCUUUUCCACUGAACUUUUCAGCUUAGAAAGAUUCUUAGUAUUUGAGGUAGGGUAAUGAGGCAUGAGUACGUUUUGCCUCUUGCAUAUUGAUCAGCAUAGCGACUCAUGGGAUGUAGUAUAUGGAGAAUUAGGCUCAACUUUGGACACCUGAAGGCGCAGUCCAAAGUGUCGGUAUUUUUUACCAUGAUUAUUAUUUUUACUUAUUUAUUUUACUGUCUUACCGGAUACUGCGACUCCUUACCGAGACCAGUUUAUGACCACCAAACUUUAACCAACACAAACAAAUACGAUGUGCUGGAUGCCGUGCAUGACGGAGUCGGGUCUUCGGCGCCUUUGCCUCAGCACCAACUUGGCGCACAGACCCACUGGAACAGAACUUCUACCGUUUCGGUAGCCCGGGAGCUUCCCGGCUCCACUGAACUGCACUCAAUCCUGCAGCAAAUCGGACACGUGCAGCAGCAGAUAUCGGACGGUGAAAGGACACGAGAUGCCGACAACAGCAUCUCUGUGUUCAAUAACUUCGGGAGCAAAAAAUUCCCUCAGGCGAUCAUUAUCGGCGUGAAGAAAGGGGGUACGAGAGCACUGCUCGAGUUUCUCCGCAUUCACCCCGAUGUCAGAGCCGUCGGUGCUGAACCUCACUUCUUCGACAGGUUUUAUGACAAGGGACUGGAGUGGUACAGAAACCUGAUGCCACGAACGUUGGACGGCCAGAUCACCAUGGAGAAGACGCCCAGCUACUUUGUGACCAAGGAGGCCCCUCGCAGGGUCUUCAGCAUGAGCCGGCACACCAAGCUCAUUGUGGUGGUGCGUGACCCCGUGACCAGGGCCGUGUCUGAUUACACCCAGACCCUGUCCAAGAACCCUGGUCUCCCCACCUUCCAGAACCUGGUCUUCAAGAACUCGAGCAGGGGGCUGAUAGACACCUCCUGGAGUGCUGUCCGCAUCGGGAUCUACGCCAAGCAUCUGGAGAACUGGCUGCAGUUCUUCCCGCUGUCCCGCCUCCUGUUCGUCAGCGGCGAGCGGCUGGUCACCGACCCAGCAGGGGAGAUGGGGCGAGUGCAGGACUUCCUGGGCCUGAAGCGUGUCAUAACCGAUAAACACUUCUAUUUCAACCAGACUAAGGGCUUUCCCUGUCUGAAGAAACCAGAGGGCAGCAGCCGCCCCCGCUGCCUAGGGAAGUCUAAGGGCCGGCCUCAUCCCCACAUCCCAGCUGAAGUGUUGCUGCGGCUCAGGGACUUCUACAGACCUUUCAACCUUAAGUUCUACCAAAUGACUGGCCAGGACUUUGGCUGGGACUGAGCCCACAGCCCUAACAUUCUCAGGUAUCAGUGAGGCACAGGCUGAUGGGGCCUAGUCUGCUCUCAUUUGAUUCUGAAUGACAAUGCUGCACAAAAGAGGACAUCAGAAUUAAGAGGUACAAAGUUUUUCGAAGCUGGGUGGUGGUUGGUGAUGUAAUGGUAAUGCUAUCAUCCUUAUUGUUUUCUGAAGAGCACACAGUAUGUACACUCUGUUUGAUUCUUUUCAACUUCUUCUUUUCAUUCAAGCAAUUCUUUUUUUGUUUAUUUCAAAUCAGAAUAUCAAUAUCUUAUCUCUGUAUAUUCUGGAAAGGUCCUCCAGUAUCACUAAUGUCAGACAGAAAUUUCUGUCUGUAUGAAAGCACACAACACAGCAUCUGAAGAGAACUGUCAUCUGUCCUUUUUUUUUAAAAAAAAGUCAUGAGAAAAAAGCACAAAGGUAGAGCGGUCUGAAGUCAAAUAUUUUGCCACUGGUACUUGCUGUGAGCAGUGACUUCAGGAGCUUAUAAUACUUGAGCAUUUAUAUUAUACUAUGAAACUUUGAUAAGCCAUCAUUGUCAAUGCCAAUCCAUUAACUAUAUAGUUAACCUGACACCUAGUUUUAUUAAUACCAGAUAUCUCUAUCUUUUGAGGCUGAUUCAUCUGAAGAGAGGUACAGAACAAAUCUUAGAUAUUACCUCAUUCUACUGAUUUGUGGGACCAGAGGAAUAUUUUACAAUUACUUUGAAAACAGUUAAAAUAUAGUAAUUCAAAGGAGCAAUUGUGUAGCCUUAGGAUUUUGCACAUACAGCAUUAUUCAAGUUGCUUUCAUCUGUCCAUCACUCAACUAGUAUACCUACAUUCCUAUUUCAGAUUAGUUUGUUGGUGUAGGCAUAUGCAAACAUGCAUAGACUAUACAAGAAGCCAUGGUUGUGUGUAAAUGGACUGAUAGCAACAUCCACACCUCUCAUGUGAUAACACAGGGAAUUAUAUUAUGUUACAUUACAACAGUACCCCAAUUGUAAGAUGGCUGCCCAACAGGAAAUUAUUUCCUCUGAGUGUAAGUUUCUUUUUCAAAACAAAUCAUUCAUAAUUCAUAAUGUUAAAUGAAACAG